CUGGCACCAAGUUUCUCGGAGCUGGGAAACUCCCAGGGUCACGGUUUGAGCAAAAACAUGAUAUGACUAUUUGAUGAGAGUAUUUAGACUCCGCUGUCCUUUUGAGCAACGCGUUGACAGACCGCGACCAUCGCGAAUGACGCAAGAUUGAAUAACUUAGUCUUGCCGAGGAGUCAUGUUGGAAGCUUUGUCAUGCUUGAUCAAGUCAAGAAGACCCCUGCUGGGGAACAGGACGUGCUGAGCUAAACUAUCUAUAAUUGCUGUCGCAUCCGAACUCACCAAGAACACCCACAAUGUCCACUUGCAUCAACGGAGAGCGCCGGACGCCCUUUCCCCCAAGUGGCACCUUCCCUACUCGCAGCCAGCCUUACGGUAGUUUCAAGCACAUCGUCUUGGACGUCAAAGCAGGUAAUCCAAGGAAAGUCCUUAUGCAACGGCUAUUCCAUCUAGUUCAUCCAGCAUAUCAUCGGCACAAUGGCGCAUUACUUUCAAGAGGGCAUCCCGUCAGCGGGAACAGAUCCCUCUCCAGCCUAGAAUUCUCUUGCUCAGAUAGACCAACUAGCUUUCCAUACCCUAAAGCAGGAAAUCCAUGACCCCUAAGAUCGCCAGUAGCUUCAACCUAGAACCGUGCAUCCUUGGGGAAAACCCUCGCAGGAGAAAAGCCCCAAGGCGGCUAGAACGCUGCUCUGUGGGCGAGGUAGUCGCCUCAUUCCACAGUCUCCAGGUAAGCUCUGUACCAUUCGACCCGGCGGUUUUGUCAAGUGGUGUCAGCCAGUGAGACAAAUUGUCGAAGCCCGGUUGCGUUCCGGGCAGCAGCCGGGGCUGAAAAGAAGAAGAGGGUCUCUGGGCAGUAUGCGACUGCAGAGAUCGGUUAUGCAGCUUCCGAGCUGCAAAAAGGGCAGCGAGCCAUGUGGGGCCCGUGCGUCGAGGUGGAAAGAAGUCGCAGAUAACACAUAGGAAAUGGCGCCCGGAGGCGAUGUCAAGAGC